UCGAAAUAUACCACUGGACUUAAUUUGCCCUUCCCUGUUGUUGGUGGUUCCUGGAUGAACGAACCGGUGAUGCGAGUCUUUUCCAGUGCUCUGGAGUGCUUUCCCUGUGGCAUCAUCAUCAUCACUUCCAUCACCUCCAUUACAUUCCACCUCACCUCAUUGACUAUCAUCCAGGUUGAUUCGAUUGUUCAACCACCCCUGUUACUCGGUCGCAUCUUGGGCAACCGCCAAUUGGGACUUGGUUUCAUACCAUCUAAACCUACUGUUUUGCAUUAUCGUUGAACUAUGAUGAUGUUCGUUCAUAAGUAUCUUUGUUUGAACCCCUCCUCCCCUCCCUCUCCCCCGCCAUCAUAAAUUACGACUACUUACGUAGUGUGUCUGAUCCUGAUCUCAACUGCAGACAAGCCA